AGCAACAAGUCUAGAGGUUGUCCCCGAGGGAGUUGCCUGACGAUUGGAAGUUGGUUCGACAACUCGACCACCCGACUCAGGAACUGUUACUCAGGAACAAGAGACAGAUUUCCUGUUCAGUUCCCAGUAUACACGCUCAAAUGGAUGGAAGACGACGCGUAUGACUUUGGCUCACAGGACAUUCAUGGCAGCGACCUCUAUGGCCUCGAUGAUGCCCUCUCAGACAACGAACUCGAUUCCCUCUUUGCCGCACAGGGCCUCCUCGAAGAAACAGCUGACCUCCAAGAACCUCAAGCUGUUGCAUUAGACCCCUUCACGGCAGCACAGCAAGAAGAGCGUACUUUACAGAGACAGCAAAGUGCAUUGUCGCAGGGCCAUUUAUCUCCCGAUCAAGUAGACAAUGCAGAUGCUGAUGCAAAUGACGAGGAUGACCAGGAUCUCCUUGAUGGUAGCUUCGCAUUCACCCAGAAACUCUUGACGAAUGCAAAGACGCUCAGAGAACUACAAGCUUCCGGUGCACCGAGUCUCGAAAUUGCCUAUGAAGCAGACACCAAAGAGCCCAUCAAGCCAAGCAGCACUGCGACUGUUCGUGCAUCACAGACACGCAGUGCCUCUCAAAGAACGCGUCAUCGGCCUUCUCAACCGGAUCGAAUGUCCCAGCAACAGUCAGUGUAUCCAUACACACCCCUCACAGAAUCUCAAUUCGCCUCUAUGCCAACCUUGGCAGACGAUGCGCUCUGGCAAGGCCGUUUCGAGUCAAUCCCAGUUCGUGCACUGCAAGAACUCUCCUUUCUCCGAGCAAAACAAGUCUUACACGCUACACGCGUUUAUAAACAAUCGGCAACGACAAUGAGCUUUUCAACAUGCUUGCGUGACUUAUUCAACGCGCACACUCUCCUUGCUAUGCCAGUCUUUCAGGUUUGUGGACAGAGAGGGACGAGUCUAUUACUAAAAGACGCACAUGACGAUCCAUGUACAGUGCUCGCACAUGCAUUGUAUACAGGCCUUGAAGCAGAUUCUAUAACGGAUGCAGUACAGCUCUCUCACUUCUUUUUCGACCAUGCCGUUGGUUUUGGAGCUACUCGAUCAACCGCAAGCGCAGCAGUGGAUGCAAGUGGUUCAUCGGGCAAUGGAGGAGGAUUACCAGCACCCGGACAAGCACAUGCGCGUGUACACACCAGCUCUCAACCCUUCUCAGAAGACGAUGGAGCGUCUGACACAGUUAUUCUGGAUGGGCUGCAGCCGAGUGCAGUCAUGAUGAUCGUGGCUGCGAAACGAGUUCUGUACCAUGCGUGCAAAGCAGAGAUGGAGGCUAUUGAAUUGGGGAAAAGACAAGCGGCGUCUGUAUUUGAGCAAGCACGGCAAGAUUCUGAGGCGGAUGUUGUUGUUGCUCGACCUUCAGAGACGCAGGAGACGGAUUAUGGCGAGGAUCUCGGUGACUUUCCUGUCGAAUUUGUCGAUGAAUGAUCCCUUCAACACGAUUGUCCUUAUCUUGUGCAGUUAGAGUUUCGAGAAUCUCUACUGCUUCGCCGAGAGGAAGUGUCUUUCAUCAGUGCUUCUGGCUCACA